AAUCAUCAGGUUCAGGAGUGCGUUAUUGACUGACUCAGGGUGUGUGUUUUCAUGCUGAAGAGCGAGGAGCUGUGGGGUCUAAAGAGCAGGAAUACAGAUGUAAUGUUACAUGACGGCGAGAUGACAGACCCCCUUUAGGGGCUGCAGGACUGCCCCAAAAAUGGGGAACAGCAUCCAGAAGAGGAAGAAGAAGGUUCAGACGGAGAGAAACUGGAGCUCAAACAAGGAAAAACCUAAAGGACUCUGGCUGUUUGGACUCAGAGACAAACUGAAAACAGCUGGCCCGAAAGGAAAUGAAGACCAGAAGAGGUUGACGGUCCACUACAGGACCUCCCAGCACUACCAGGAGAAUGUUUUCAUUGAAGGCAGCAGGCCGCAGUACCUGGAGGACCUGCACACUGAGGCCCAGGAAGGGCUUAAGAUACUACAGCAGGAAGAACACACAAACGGAGUGAACUUACCGGACAAUGAGAGCAUUGCUUCUACAGACACUCUGCGUCCGGAGCAGGAUAUCAGCUCCAAGGACAGAGGUGGCUCUCCCGUGUCCAGAUCCACCACCGGGAGCACCGAUACCACAGUGACCUCUGCUGUGUCGACCAGGCCUACGCUCACCCGCCAAGGUUCUACAUUCAAGCCUCUGAAUCCAGUUAAAAGACUAGAGAAGAGCAGGAAGAGAAACCGGAGAACCACCAUCAUGGGUAUUCCCAACCAGGUCCAGAAGGAGCUGGCAUUGCACAGAGGCUCAACCUUCCAGCAGCUUGUUUCCACCCCUAAUCAUGAUGGAGAGCUCAGUAACAGCCAAUCAGGUGUAGUUAUCAUUCCAACAGUUGAUGGAGAAAGUCCAGUAGCCAAUAAGGAGGGGGCGAGGGUGCACCUUUCAGAGCUGGAGGCAUCCAGGGACGAAGAGCUGCUGAAUGAUCAUCUCCAGGCAAUGUACCAAGACGAGCAGCCCUUCAACCACCAGGGCUUCGGCUCCUACCUAGGCCCAUCCUCAAACAUAAGACCCAAGUCCCUUGCGGUACCUGGCAUGUCGAAUUCCUACUCCUUCAGCCCUUCAGCGAUGCAUAGAUUCCUCCAGGAACCUCAGGGUCCUGUGAUGUCCAUGUCUCCUCAGGCCACCUACAUGUCUACAAUCAUCCCUAAUGCGGUCCUCCCAUCCUCAAUUGAAUUCAUAGAGAUCGACCGCAGCUGCAGCCGGAUGCGUGGCAGCAGUGUAAACCAAGGCGGUAAUGUCCGCACUUUGAGCAAAAGCAGCCUUGCAUCCGGGGACUUAUCAGUCAGCCCUAUGUUGUCCAGAAGAUCAGAUGGAGAUGGCUCCCAAACUGACAAUUCCCACGACGACUCCACACUGAUGCCCUCAUCGGCUUUGGGGUUGAACUGGAGCGAGUCACAGUCUUCAAAGACCAUUAUUUCAAACUCCUCCCCAGCAUCCUCUAAAGGAAGCACGCGUAGUGGCAAUUCACGGAGAGUGAGUCUGAACGGGCGGGAAAGCAAAACAGAGAGAUCUAGCGAGGACCAAGACCUCGUCAGUCUUCGUAGCUCAGUUAGCAUGAUUAGCAGCUUCAGCGGUAAAAGGGAAAACGUUGUUACAGGGCAAGGAUCUAAGUCUGUUUCAGGGUCAGUCACUUCUGGGGAUGAAGAAAAGACCAAAGAGAAUUUCACUCGUAGUCUGUCUGUUAUGAAGACCAAGCAACCCCCGGCACCUCCACGGAGAACCAAUUCUCUGCAUAGUAAUAAGAUCAGGAGCAACCCCAAGGUUCUGGUGGAUAUCACUGACUCUGUUUCUGGAGAUGUGGCAAAUGCCACAGAAAGUACCGUAGCAAAGGAUGAGAUGAAGUCAGUUAUUGCAGACACCAGUAAGAUCUCCACCCUUGUAUCAAACUCCAAAGGGUCCAGCUGUCCAGAUGCUUCCUCCAGUCCCUUGAGCACCACCCAAGCCUCUUCCACUGAGGCAGGAGGAGCAACAGAGCCUCAGCCAGAAUCCAGUAGCUCCUCGCCACAGAAAACUUCCUCGGAAGAGGGGAAAUUUGAACGGACUAUGUCCCCUUCCAGUGGCUACUCAAGUCAAAGUGGCACUCCGACACUCUCCCCAAAAGGGAUCUCCCCAACCUACCCCGACAAACAGAAGAAGAAACCUGUCAAACCAGAGAGAUCAGGGUCUCGGGCCUCAUCCUCAGGAGCUUCUCCUUCCUCCUCGCUAACCUCUCUAUCGUCUGGUACAUCUGAGCCUGUCAAUCCAGAUGUUUCCACGUGUAGCCCCAGUCUUCCUCCACAGGAAUCUCCACCCACUGUUGCUGCAAAAGAAAUCACUCCAGAUAACAAUUCUUCAUCUUUGGGAGUUGAAAUCAGAGAGCUGUUGAACAUCCCACCACCGCCCAAAGUCAAAGCGCCAUGUUCUCCUCCACCAGAGACAUGGGUUCACAACAGACGCACCUUUGAGCUUCUGUGUGGUCCUUGCCCUACUGUCAACAAAGUAACCCAGCAACCAGCACAGACACAAGACAGUACAGUUAAACAAGUGGGAACCCAGACUGAAGUUAUCAAGGAGAUGCAAGUUUUAGAGGAAAAACCAUCAAGUAUAGAAAUAUCGGUCUUAGAAUUGUCAGAGAGCAAAGCAAACCCUGAGACUUUGUUAGAAACCGGUCCUGAAGGUGUUUACAAUAAGAUGGAGAAUAGGGAAUGUCCGAGUACCAAAGAAGAAAGGAUGGAAGCAAGUGUAGACGUUCAGAAACAAGAGCAGAGUAGUAGCCCUGUAGUGAAGGACCCCAAGAGUCCAAAGAAAGAUCCACCUCCUGUGAUGAAGAAACCCGUGACACUACUGAACAGAGAGGUGGCAACAGAACACUCACUGGACAGACAGCAAAAGAAAAUGAGUAGCAGUGCCACGACAGAUGUUUGUUUACAUGUUGAGAACCAUACAAUCUCCCCACAGCAUGGGGUUACAAUUUUAGUCGAUAACAGUGAUGAUGUGAUGGACAAAAGUGAGGUCACAUCCAUGCAGACGCUUUCUGUAGAGGCCCCAAAAAUAACCAAGGCCUCGCCACCACCUACCCCUCCCCCAGCAUACCACCCUACACCUCCUCUGUCAAGAAAGACACCUCCUUCAUCAGUGUCUAUGCCACCAGAUGAAUUACAGAGGGUGCAGGAGGAGACCCCUGUUGUAGAGUCUUGCUGGCCACCUCCUCCGCCCCCAAUGGAAGGGGACUCAGUCUUUGACGGAGGAGAUGAGGUUGACUUUCCUCCACCUCCUCCACCCUUAGUGACAGACAGUGUGCCAAAUGUGAUGGACAGUUGUAUCACAGAGCAGGAUGUCCUAAAAAGACCCACAGAGGAAGUUGGAGAGUCAAUUGAGGAUUCGAGUGAAGCUGGUACAUCUGUACAUCUACAAAUUCCAGAUGUGUCCCCUGCUGCUCCUCAAACAGAAACUGACACCAAACCAGAGGAUAUUGUGCAAGUUUCAAAAGCAAACACAGCUGAGGAGAUUUUGUGCAGACCAGUGACAAACUUUGUAUCUGUUUCAGACAGUGUCCCAUCUCCCAUAGUGGAGGCAACCCCUUUGCCAACCAUUACAGGAGCAGAGAAGCCAGUAACAGUCCCUGCUUUAGUUCCUCCCUGUUGUUUCCUUAAGCGCGACCCUCCCUCCGAGCCUCCCGUCAGUGCCCCACCUCCAAUUACUGUCCCAGUAGCACCUCUUUUACCAGCAGAGAACUUAACCCCCGGGAUAAAUUUCAGACGGCAACCCAGUGUACCAAACCGAGACGUCAGGAGCAAGGAGCUCCUUUCCCGCCACAAAAGUGCACCCAUUCCUAAAGAGGAUGCUAACAUACCUCUUGUCACCCCCUCCCUGCUUCAGAUGGUUCGUCUCAGAUCAGUCAACAUGACUGAAGAUCAGGUGAAAGCUCCAUCGGAGGACAAGUCAACAAACGAGGGAGCUUCAGUGCAGGAGAGCUGCUCAGUUUCAAUCCCAGGACCUCAAACGGUUCCACAGAAGCCAAUCCGCAAGUCCCUGUCACUAAAAUCUCCCCCUCAGAUGGUUAAGACGUCCUCUGUGAUGAUGAACACCCCUUCCAUGCGCUUACAGGAAGCCAUUCGCAUGAAAACUGCAGCCAUGUCUUCUAGAGAUGGUCUUCCAUCCCGACUGGGUGUGAGAUCCUCCACUUACAGCCCUGUCGGUGAACAAGGGGCUCUAAACCUGAAAUCACCUGACGGAUGUGACAUGCACAAGUCCCCAGCCUCCACCGCCAGCUUUAUCUUCUCUAGGAGCACAAAAAAGGUCGUCUUCGAGACUGCAGCCGCCUCCUCCCCCGACGCUCAGGCAAGUCUGAAGCAAAGCUUGGCGGCUGAGCUCAUGCAGGUGUCUGACCAAUCAAACACCAUCUCCAAUGGUGGAGUGAAGGUGGACAAAGUUCCUCCGCCAGUAGCAAAGAAACCAGCCAACAGCCCUUCACAGAUUCUUCCUGCUUGUUCAGCAAAGAUGGACGUCAGUGUCGAAGCAAACGGAGCGAUCGGAAGGACGCAACAUACCGGUGGAACAACACUUCCUGAGAUGACAACUACGAGAGUGACGGCGGACACAAUUGAAACGCUGUUUUGAACAAACAUUGUACCAGGCUCAUGCCAGAGGAUCAAGCAAAAACUACAAGCAAGAAAAAAGACAACUCACAGCAAAGGACUGACAUUACUGAGAGACUGUUUAACUCAACUAUCAAGAGUGUUUUUUUGUGUUAAGUCUUCUCCAAAAGCCUUAGCCUGUAAUGGCCUUCCUACAUAUUUAUGCAAAAAAAAAUGUGUCGCUCCCAAUUUCUUAUAAAAGCUUUAUUCCGGAGUAUUUUUCUAAGCUAUAGUUUAUCUCUCAUUAAGGCCCCUCAGGAUGAAAUGGUGUACAUUGGCUGAACUGUAAAUAUUUGGCUUGUGUGAGAUCGCCUCCCAGAGGUAGAUUUAGGUAGUGGUCACUGCAGCUCAAGAGGAAAGGAUUUGUCUUGAUAAAGCAUUUCUGUACAGAGGUUUACUGUCUGUUAAGUCUUUUUUUCCCUGUUGUAUUAUAGUAAACACUUAAGAAGUUGUCAGAAAAAUGGCAUCUGUUACAUGACGAAACAGCAUUUUAUCACCUUCUUGGCUUAAAGAUCGGAGUAAAAACACAGAGCAACAUUCAGUUUCAGUUCUGCUUUUCACUGUGUGGAUAUAUAUCCGGGAUAUUAUGUGAGAAAAAGGGAUGCUAUAUGAGGAUGAUAAACCAUUAAGACAUAACUCUUAAGAGCAUCUGAUAACAGCGACUGUUAAAAUGUCAAUUAGCUGCUUUUACAAAAAUCUGCAUAAUCCCUCUUGGGUUUAGUAACGAACAAGACAUUCUGAGAAAUCUUUUAGCACAACAGUAACACAAGCAUCCUAUUUAUUUAUGUGUGGUUGUUUCCACUUGUAGCACUGUCAGUCACCUUUUCCUACCAAAUAUGAAAUAUUUGAUAAUCUAUUUCAUCUGAUAAACCACUCUAAAGGGCAAUGGAUGUGAUUGGCCCUGGAUGAUUGAUACACUGGAGUAGACUUAAUAUGAAGUCAGUGUGUUUUUUUAUUAAAUGUUAUGCAUCUAAAUCUUUAGCCCAAACCUUUUUGAUGACAAAUCCAGCUCAUCACUAUUUGCACAAAAUGCUUUCCCCCAGCAAAAUCAUCGGAGAGUGAAUUAUACUGGCUCUUCGUAAAGGGUCAAAAUUUACGUCUUGAUGAUUAUAAAGAAUUAUGUACAGUUAUUACUUCUAUAAAUAAAAUUUAAAUGUAUUAAAAUUGUGUUUCCUGUUGUCUUUCUUUAAAGAUGAGGUGCAAACAGACACCUCAACAUAAGAGUAUCUCUCAACCAACACAAACCCAUUUCAUAUCUGCAGACCACAGAAUUCAACCAGCGUUUAUUUCAUGUUAGAGCUGAUGCAUCAUGAUGAUAUGACAGUUAAUGUCCAGAUAUUGAUUUCUGUACACUUCCCCCAAAGCACCCGUCCUAUGUAUUAUAAUAUAUGGUAUGUUGAUUUUU